AUGCUGUGUCAGCUGAGGGGAGUGGCCGCCGAGACUGUGAUUCCUCUGCGCCUCGCUGGCGGUGCUUUCCACGUAUGGUCCCAGCUGCCGGCGGCCAGUCGCUGCUCGCUGACGGCCGUGAGAGACGCCCUCCAGGCGGCGUUUGCUCUCGAUGAGUACGCCGCCUAUGAAGCGUUCGCCGCUCGGCGACUGAUGCCAGGAGAGUCGGCGGACGUAUUCCUCGCUGACCUUCGCCGGCUGGCGGCACUGUUCGGAGGAGUGCCGGAGCGAGCGCUGGUAUGCGCAUUCGUGGCAGGCCUGCCGGACAGCGUCCGGCAGAUGAUCCGUGCUGGCUGCCGGGCAGAUGGACUGGACCUGUCGUCGGUGCUGGCGCGCGCUCGCGCUGUACUGACCGACGAGCGGCUCUCCGCAGCAGCAGCAGCGGCGCGUCGGAAUGUGCCGCCGCCGGCUAGCCACCCACCUGCGGCGCCUGGUCCCGGCCAGCCGCCGUGGAGACGACGGGUGGUGCGCGUCACCACGAUCAGCGGCGACGACCUGAAAUGCAGCGGCAUUGGCAGUGUAACGGUCGAGGCGCCGACGGGCCAUCGUGCCGCACUUGAAACGCUGGUGGUGGAGGAGCGGCCGCUCGGCGUGGACAUGGUGCUCGGGGUCAGCGGCAUCUCGGCUCUCGGGGGCGUGACGGUGCUGUCCCCCUCUGUGGUGCGGUUCUGUGGAGCAGUGUGUCGUGCGCCGCCAGACAUUGAGACGCCGGACUUCCGGGUGCAGUUCAACGCGGCUGCCCGGAAGUGGUCGGUUGCAUGGAAAUGGUCCGAUGGGAUCGGACCCCAGUGCCUCACGAACGCUGUGCCGCAGUAUGCUGUGCCGCCCGCCGCUCGUCACGAGUUCGAGACAGAACUUGACGACUGGAUAGAGCGGGAGUGGCUCGUGCCGUAUGACGAGCGGCGGCAGGGGCCGCCGAAAGGGUUGGUGCCGCUAAUGGCUGUGGAGCAGCGCAAUCGCGGGAAAGUUCGACCGGUACUGGACUACCGGGAACUGAAUGACUUUGUGCAGGCUCACACAGCUGACAGCGACGUGUGCGCGGAACAGCUCCGCAAGUGGCGCCGGCACGGCGCAAAUGUGGCGGUCGUGGACCUAAAGCGUGCCUACCUCCAGCUGCACCUGGAGGAGCGACUCUGGCCGUUUCAGACGGUGAUGGUGCGGGGGCAGCGAUUCUGCUUGACCCGCCUAGGUUUUGGUUUGAAUAUCGCGCCCCUCGUGAUGAAGGCUGUCGUGCGUGCUGUGCUCGAUCAGGACCCCGACAUCGGGCGUGCCGUCCUCCCAUAUGUGGACGAUCUCCUUGUAAAUGAGGACAUUGUCAGUGCCGAGCGCGUGGUGGCGCAUUUCGCGCAGUUUGGGCUGGACUGUAAGCCGCCGGAGCGGGCGGCCAGUGGAGCGCGGCUCCUGGGCCUGCGGGUGCACGAGGAGAACGGGCAGCUGCGGUGGAAGCGGGACAAUGCCAUGGACUGUAUCGCGAGUCGCCUCGCCAGUGACGACCCGGCCCGUGGCGUGUGGUGUGUCGACGGGGACGAGGUGGUCGCCUGGACAGACGCCAGCUCGCUGGCCACCGGAGUGGUCCUGGAGAACACAGACGGUGAGGUGAUCGAGGACGCAUGCUGGCUCAGUCCUCCAGCCGGCUCCAGUUGA